UCACUUUAUAACAUCUGCACCUGUUAUUUGUAAUGGGUCUUGUAAUUAUUAACGCCGAUGUCUUAAUCAAUAAACUAAAUUAUCAUCUCGUAGUCUGUCCCUCAAGAUGGUGAUGGAAUGUGGAUAUGUACAAAUGGGAAGGAUAAUCAUAUGUUGUAUCUCGCAGUGUGUAGAGACUGCGGCAGAUGGGCUGAAUGGACAAUGGUAGGUGGGUCGUCCUCACCAGUCAGAGGCACCUCUUGGAGUGUGGUCGGCAGUGCUGGGCCAGUUGUUGGCCUCCUCCCUUCAACACCGCCAGUCAUAACACAGUUUUAUCCCUCGAGUUUUACGUGUACUUGAGGUGCAGGUGACUAGGAAGGUGUUGACCGUGUGAUGUGGCAAAGAAAAAAAUACUCGUGGGGCCCAUAUCACGGCUGAACAUAGAGAUAAACGCUCCAUUUCACCACCAGAAACGUUAGCAAUUUCACAUCUCUUGAAAUGAGAGUAGUCGAACGAUCAUAAAACAACUCAUAUCCUCCGUAGAAACCCAAAGACGUUUCCAUUUUACUUACAGUACCAAAACAGUUAAAACAAUUCUGCUUUACCUGAAAAAAAGGGAAUAUAAGUAAUGUUUUAUUUAACUACAACAGUGACGAUGACUUAUUAACAUCACCUGUAUGGGAUAUUUUUAUUGAGAAUUCUUGAACAAUUUUAAAGACAUCCAUAGUACUUAUAGAAAAAAUUGGAGAAAGUUGUGUUUUUUCCGUCAAACAUUUCACGAAAGAACCUCAGGAUUACUCUCACCUCUGAGACAGUCCAGGAUGAACCGGUCAGCGGGAGCAUCGUACUAUAAUCAUCCCACGAGUGAUGAGUGCUUGCUACAGCGCCUUCCUCCUGAGAUGUCCUGCGGCGGCUGGAAGAGAGGUCGACCCAGGCUGGCGGUGAUGAACCCUGGUUGUCCAGCUCGCUCAAGGGCGCUGAUCGUCGCCUCUAUGGAGAUCAUACUUCUCAUUCUCUUCCUGAUCUUCUUAGCCUACAGGAAGUUGUUUUCCCAGCAUGAAGGUCCGCUUCUGGAGUUUGUGGCGCUGACUUUGUCGACUGUGGUACACCUGGCCCUGAGUCUCCUGCUGGUGCACGCUGCCCGUCAGGGGCGUGAUGGAUUGGUGUGGGCGUGGGUCGGGGUGCGGGUGGUGUUGGUAGCAACAGAUUUGGCCAUGGUGAUGGUAGAGGGCGCCUCGGGCAGAGGCUUCACCUACGCUACCUGCAUCCUCGCCUUCUGCUUCGUCUCCGUCAUUAACAUCGCUGUGGUCAGAUCCUUCGCCAUUAGACACCUUCAGCCAGUUGACCUUAGUGGAUCAUCUGAUAAGAAUCUGAAGGGAGGAAGGAAAGCUCUGCCACCAGGUCGUUUCCUGUAACACCUGUUGCUGCCGUAACCUAAUGAAAAGCUUUGUGGCUUGUUGGCUUUGCUGGUUUUUUAUUGGGUGAACCGACUUACGGAGUUUACGAUUAUUUGUAUACCCUCAUUGCGCGCGCGCACACACACACACACACACACACACACACAUAGUACUGUACAUGUACUAUGGUGGACAAAAGUCCCUUCCUUCAGCCAUCCCUCUCUUUCUCCAUCUGUCCCCCAUACCCCUUUGGUCCCCAUCCCCCGUCAUACACACUACUCCAUCUGUUGAACGAUUACAGCACUUCCCUCAGUUGCUUCGUUAUUGGAACCUCAGGUGAUUUCGUCACAUUGUGGCUGGCCGAGGGAAGGAACUGUUGUCCAACAUAGUACUAUCGUGGACAAAAGUUCGCUCCCUGUAGUGAAACUGAGACUCGGGAAUGAGUCUCCGAACUGACUUACCCUGAUUGUUAUCUGG